AUGCCCACCCGGAGAGACCCCGAUGUUAAUGAUGUGGUUGAAACGAAGGUUGGCAGUGUCACAUUGAUCGUGCGGAUACUUGAUAUUGAGUUCGGCAACUAUACGAGAACCGAAACCGUCGAGGUCCUUCGGGCCCCUCAAGGUCAUGAUUUCCCGGAGGUCAUCACAAUCAAGCGACUCGGUCGGCAGUAUGGCCCUUCAGAAUCUUACUUUGUCCAGGUGUUCUACUGA